CCGCCUCAUCGUCUUCCUCGUCGUCGUCGGCGUCUUCUUCUUCGAUUUCUCAGCUUCACCGAAUCCCAUUUGAGUUGUUGUGAUUGUUGCAGCGAUGGCGCGAGCCUGCCUGACCGCGGCUCCCCCGACCUUGUUGCGCUCCGCGUCUCUCUUCUCAAAAAAUCCGUCUGGAAUUAAUGUUGGGCUGCCGGGAGGAUUAUGGCGACCGCUGUUGAGGGCGAAUUUGGCUGCUUCUGCUGUGUCGAAUUCAUCAACAGCUGAGAAGCCGUUAGAGAAUGUAGCCGUCACCAAGAAACGUGUUGUCUCGGGUGUACAACCGACGGGGUCGAUUCAUUUGGGAAAUUAUCUCGGGGCGAUCAAGUCAUGGGUUGGAUUGCAGGAUCUUUACGAUACGCUUUUCCUCGUUGUUGACCUCCAUGCGAUUACGAUGCCACAUGAUGUUGAGCAAUUAACCAAGUCAACAAGAACUUCAGCAGCCUUGUACAUUGCAUGUGGCAUUGAUCCCACCAAGUCAUCUAUAUUUGUCCAAUCCCAUGUAUCGGCGCAUGCUGAGCUGACUUGGUUGUUGAGCUGUGUUACUCCAAUCAGUUGGCUUAACAAAAUGAUUCAGUUUAAAGAAAAGUCCCGCAAAUCGGGCGAGGAUGUCGGAACUGGUCUUCUAACUUAUCCGUUGCUCAUGGCUUCUGAUAUCAUACUAUAUCAAUCUGACCUUGUUCCUGUCGGAGAGGAUCAGAGGCAACACCUCGAAUUGACUCGAGAUGUGGCUGAUCGUGUCAACCAUCUCUAUGGUGGCCGAAAAUGGAAGAAACUUGGCGGACGAGGUGGGAAAAUUUUCAAGGUUCCGGAGGCCCUUGUCCCUGAGACGUGUGCUAGGGUUAUGUCGCUGACAGACGGCACUGCAAAAAUGUCAAAAUCAGCUCCUUCAGAUCUCUCACGGAUUAACCUUCUUGAUACACCUGAUCAAAUAGCGAAUAAGAUAAAGCGAUGCAAGACAGACUCCGCCUUAGGAAUGGAGUUUGGAAAUGUGGAGAGGCCAGAAUGUAACAACCUAUUAUCAAUCUAUCAACAAGUUACCGGGAAGACUCAGCAGGAGGUAAUUGCUGAAUGUGGAGAAAUGAGCUGGGGACAGUUUAAGCCAGUUCUCACUGAUGCCCUGGUUGCACACUUACAGCCGAUUCAGAAAACUUACAGCGAAGUCAUUGCGGAUCAAAGUUAUCUUGAUAGUAUUCUUGGCGAAGGAGCUGCCAAGGCAAACCUCAUAGCAAAUUCUACACUUAAAAACGUAUACAGUGCAAUGGGCUUUGUUCCUCGAACAAUACCUUCCACGAAACUGAAGGUUUAAUCAAAUUUCUUAUUAGAUGCUAAUAUUUUCAGGCUAAGGAAGACGUUGGCGGAUUUUCCAAUUUCUUUAUUUAUACCCUGCAUGAACCAGAGGUUAUAUGACUUCUGUUUCUGUUUGAGGACAGCAGCGAUCAUUGAAAAUUGGUUUGUUUAUCUCUGUUCCAUGCACUCAGAUUAAUGGCAGGAGUUUACAGCUAAAACUAGAGUAUUUUUGCACGGCUUUUGUAUACAAUGUCCAUUUAUUCAGUGUGGAACUUGAAGUACACUAUUCAGUGGAGGGACCUGCCGGAUUCUGGCCAAUAUAGAGUUUCUGAACAAUGUAUUGCUUUAUUACAUUAAUCUGGAAGUGCAAACGUUAA